AUGUCGUGGCUUCGAUCGGCGAUGAACAAAGCGGUCGAAAAAGGUGGUAGCAGUAAUCUUACUCGCACCGUCCGCAUUUACGCCGACACAGUCGUCCAACAUGCCGGCCAGGCCGUCGCCGGUGGCGCCAAGUUAUUGCAAGACCGCAUUGCAGCUCGGAAUUUCCAAAACUUUAAGCUUGCGGUGAAAAGAUUAGAAGAAGUUUCUGUGUCUUGCAGAGGGGCAGAAAGAGUUCAGUUACUAAGAAGAUGGUUAGUUUCCUUAAAAGAGAUUGAAAGACUACAAGAAGCUGCCAACACUGAGCAUCUUGAUAUGCCCAAUGAAUCAAAUGAGCCUCCGGCAAAGCCAACUGUGGUUUUGUACUGUGAUCCGGAUCUUGGUGGAGAACCAAUGUACUUCAAUGAUGUUUUCCUUCACAGUCAAGCCCUUGAGGGCAUAACACUGUCCAUGAUUCUUGAAGAACCUAAUGAAGAGGAAAUUUCUUUGCUUCUGGAGAUAUUUGGAAUGUGUCUCGAGGGCAGGAAGGAAGCUCAUACUGCGAUUAUGAACAAGUUACAAGAUUUGGCAAAAUCUUUCGCAAUCUACAAUGAUGAAGUGCUGGCAAAGAGGGAAGAACUACUUCAAUAUGCACAAGAUGCUAUAGCCGGAUUGAAAGUAAAUGUUGAGACAGUAAGAAUAGAUUCUGAAGUCUCAAACAUACAUCAAAAACUAGAUGAAAUGAGAAACCAGCUGCCCCUAAGUGAAGGCGGAUCCGAAGAAUCUGAGAUGUCAGCAGAGGCUUUGAAAGAAGCACUUGCACACAUCAGAUUUUGUUCCAGAUUGAAGGAGGUCAUAUUGCAGAAGAAAUUCUUGAAGAAUGGAGAUUCUCCAAAAGUUCAUUCACAAAAGGUUGAUAAGCUAAAUGUAUUAUCAGAAUCUCUUGCAAGCUCUGUCUCAAAAGCUGAAAAGCGCAUUUCAGAACACAGAUUACAGAAAGAGGAGGCUCUUAGUUUUCGUAUAGCCAAAGCUAGUGAAGUCAGCCAGCUUGAAAAGGACCUUGUUGCUGAAAUUGAAUCACUUCAGAAACGAAAAGAUGAACUAGAAGCAGAGUUGAAAAAGGUUAACACUACCUUGAGUUCUGCACAUGCCCGUCUUCACAAUGCCAGGGAAGAAAGAGAUCAAUUUGAUGAAGCUAGUAAUCAAAUUCUUCAGCAUUUCAAGUUAAAGGAGGAUGAGCUGUCAAGAUCUAUUAAUUCAUAUAGAGCAGAAGCAGAUGUUUGCAACAGCUUUGUUAAUUUUCUUGAACAUACUUGGAGUUUCCAGUCCUCACACACUGAACAAAAGGAGAGGCUGAUCAAUGAGGAAUUGGAGAAACACGAAGAGUACUUCAUUAACUUGGCUAUAAGCCUUUUAUCUACCUACAAGGAAGAGUUGGGGCCUUCUAUUUCCGCUACUAGGGAGCUUGUGGAGAAUUUGAAAAGGUUAGGAACAACAGCUUUUAUGAAAGAGGAAAGAAUAGAACUUAAUUCAAGGAGAAGUCUUGAAGAACAGUACCAGGCUAUGGAGACUAAGUUUCUGACCACAUUCAGCGUAGUAGAAAGCAUAGAGAAACAGUUCUGCAUGGAAGAUGACAACGUUUCAAGGAGAAGUGACUCAAGAGUGAAUGAAUUAUUAGAGGCACUUAACAGUAUCAAAGACGAAUUUGAAUCCAUUGAGAGACCUAUUUUGGAAAUUGAGAACCCAACUGCAAGUGAAGGGACGCCUCCAAAGGUUAAGACCCCAAGAAUUCCUUUUCUUUCUCCAAGACAGCCUCCAAAUGACAAACUAGAGUUCAAUCUGGAAUCAACUUCGGAAAAUGAGGGACAUAGUGGAGGGACAUUAAUGGGGCUUAGUCCCGUAAGUCGACUAUCAUUAACUCGCAAUCAGACCUUUGAAAUACCAGAGCUCACACGGGUCGAGAAUCUAGACUCUUUCACAAUAAAACAAAAGAAGUCCGCUGCAGAUAUGGAGGCAGAACUGUCGAGGUUAAAAUUGCAGCUGGAACUUGAGGACCAUAGCAGAGGCAAUUCUAUGGAUGAAAUUGGUGAUUGGGAAUAUGAUGUGACUGACAAGGAAUCGAAAAAUCUUAAAUAA